AUGCCGAUUACCUGCGGAGAUAUCCCUCGCCUGAUCUGCUCGGUCAUCAUCCCGCCCGUCGGUGUGUUCUUCCAGGUCGGCUGCACCAAGGACCUGGCCAUCAACUGCCUGCUCACCGUUCUCGGCUACAUCCCCGGUGUCAUCCACGCUGUCUACAUUUUGAUCAAGGAAUAG